AUGGAUGAUCUUCCAGACCCAGUGUUGACUGACGCAUUCAAGACAGCGGUGGAGUUUACAGCUCGCACAUAUGAGAUUGUUAUUGCUCGGUGGGGUGACAAGAACACAUUACCAUGCCUUCAUACCCUCCUAGUAUUCUACUGGUUUAUGAUGGAUUUUGAAGUAGGGAGACAGUACUUGGAGGACUCCCUUUCUUGGGAACAGACUGCUUUACUACUCAACUAUCUAUUACGGACCAGGGAGAUUCCACCACGGUUAGAUACCCCGGAAAUUCCGUGGCCCGAGGGUGGUAAGGCGCAUCCUCUUCCCGAAGACUAUGCUAUGCGUGGUCUAAUCUAUACGGGAACCUAUUUUCCGAAGAAGUGGUUUGAUGAUACGGCGAUUGAUGAUGACGAAAAAUACUUUGAGCCUGCGUCGACCGUCGGUAAGCGUUGCGAAAGAAUCCUGUGGCUUGGGCAUAGCAUUGCAAUGAAGGAAAGACAGCUGCACUGGGAUGAGCAUGCAAGGCAGUUCUCUACAAAGGGGGGAAAUCACAACGACAAGCCCAAAGCUGAGCCAGUUGAGCCAGUUGAGAUGGCCGCGUCUGCUACUGAUGGCGCAUCGACCGAACUGGCAAACUUGUGA